GUCAAAGUGUCAACACGUUUUGAAAAAAAUUGCGAUGUAUGAAAGAAAGAUUGUUGGCAAGCGAAAGAGUUUUACUAAUUUUUCGAUUUACUCCAGUUUCAGCAGCUACACGUUGCGCUAUCGAAAUUGUAACACGUCUGAGAACAAAAAGCAAAGAACGCACGUCGGAAACAUUAUAAAACACAUUUCAACGGGAAUUAAUAGCUUCAUUCUCUUCGCCAACUUUUACUUUAACCACUGUUCGAAGUACAUUUUCAUUGCCAACAUAUACCACGUUUAUGCGACAUUCGCUUACUGGAACUUGUGCUAUUUCAUCACAGACCACAGAAUGAACUGCAGACAGUGUGGUAACGUGGGAACAGACGCAGGGGACCACAACGUCUACCAAAUCCAACAAAUACUAAAAAACGACAUGAUCGACGAAACCGAAUCGAGCGAAAGCUCCAACAGUGUCGAAGCCACGAACCAAAACGCCACAAGAACAAAAAAGUCUCUUUUCGCGACUCUCGUGAAGAAAAAGCACACAGGCCGACCCAAAAUGAAGAUAACCAAAAAAAUCGAGACUUGUUCGACAAUUCGCUUUGGAACGGAAAGCGCGUCCUCGGACCAAGAACUUGCUCACUACCAACUAUCAACUGAAAUGACGCACAACCCUGUUUGCAAACGACCACAUCCGAAGAAAAAGAAACGCGGUUUCUUAAAAAAAAUCAUGAGAUCGUCUAAUAGCAGUUGUAUGAAAGUAGCACCCAAAAAUAAGCUCGGUGAUUCAUCCAGUAACGAGAGCAAAGCUCUAGUUAUGAACAAGCUAGUUCCCACAGCAUACAUGCCGAAGUACAACCUCAAGCUCAUCACCGGGAUGCACGAGCUUCAAGAUAUCUUACAGAAUUUACACCUGAGCGAGCAAUACGUGGUCUGUCUCUUGAAGAAGUACGUCGUGAACGAGGACAUGCGCAAAGAACUACUUGGUGCUACGUUCGAAUUCUUCGCUCUCCAGUACGACUCCAAGUGCCAAGUCAACGUACUGGGCGAUAAAAUGUGGUUCCAGCAACUAGAGAUCUUCAAAGCGCAGGACUACAGUUUAACCAAGCGUUUAAACUAUCUGGUUAAAACCAACAGAGCCUUGGAGCUUCAGUUGGAAGAUCUAAACAGACAGUGCGAAAAGCUGGCGUUUAGGAAAAACGCGUACCCGAAACGGUUUCUUCACAUGAAAUCGUUCGGCAAAGUCUACGCCAAGCAGCUUAUCGACAACAACAAGAAGCUUCAAAAGAAGCUAGUUGCUUUAACAGGAGUUAUUUCUGAUUUUGAAGACGAGCUGGGGAAGCUGCAACACCAGAAGGACGUUCUAGAAGAUGAAAGAAGGAAUUUACAAUCACAGAUUUAUCACUUGCAUCGAGAGGUGGAAAAAAUGGAACAUUACAACCACUUCGAAAAAACCAAGCUGGAGACCCAGACGAACUAUCAGGGUGAGCUAAUCAACGAAGCCGUUUCUACCGUUCAGUUAAUUCUCCAAGACCUUCAAGACUUCAAGUACCAGUUGACGGAGUAUACUAUUGCGGUCGUGUGGCCGGAACUACAGUUGCAGUCUGAAAACCCUUGCUUGACAGACUUAAUCUACCAACUACGUUCCCGAGUUGGACAAAUCCUGCUAGCAAUGAUCACUGCAUACAGAAACCUGACGAUAGUUGCUCAAGACGUAAACAAAUUAAGAAGCACCAACGCACGCCUGCAAGAAAAUCUACAAAAAUCGGCGAACGAAUUAGACAGUUUAAGUAAAAAGCUCGGAGGCUCGGAAUCGAUAGACGUAAGUGUUUUAGAAAUGCAGUGCCGAAAAUUCAAGCAGGAACUUGUUAAUCUGAACGCGAAGCUUGAAAGUAUGUCUGAACAGAACAUCAAUCUGCGUGAAGAGAUGUGCGCUAAGAAGAAAACUAUAAGCGAUAAUCAAGUCAGUAUGAAUGACCUACAGAUGCAAAACCGGUCCCUCGUUGGUCAAAUCGACGAACUCGUUCGGAUAACCUCACAGUCUGGGACCGAAAAUUUGACCAAAGAGUUUCAAUCGAGCCAAGAGAAGUUAGAUUAUUUGAAACUUCGGUGUAACCAGAUCAUCGACGACCAAAAGCAUCUAUCCGAGCGAUUCCACAAUUUGGACUACGAGAAUCAAAAUUUGCACCAAAUCCAGCAAGCGUACCAACAAGAUUUGACCACUUUGCAAGAAGGUCUUAAGGUUUUGACUACUGAGAAUGAAGCUAUCAAGAAGCAGUUAGCGGUGGAGCAUCAAACUAUCACUACUUUACAAAACGAACGGUUAAAGUACUUGGAGGAAAAGAACAUUUUAAAAACUGUGUUCCACCAUUUGAAGUGCGAGGUUUCGCGAAUCCAGCAACUGGAAGGAGCUGUUGCCGACAUGAGCAAAGAAACGAACAGACUCAGCCUCGUAGCCGAAUUCAACAAACAGAUUGGUGAACAACUGAAAACCGAAGUGGAAACAAAGGAAAUGACGAUACUGGAACUGCGACAGAGUCUGGAAAAGUUGAGCCACAUCCAGAUUGACAGUGAUAAAGAGAAGCUGACUCUGUGCGCGCAACUUUCCGAAGUCGUAAGCGUCAAGGAUAAAUUAAGCGACUGUUUGGAAGUCGAGCUCAAAAAGAACAUGCGCUUGGACGAGUCGAAGAAAAAGCUGGAAACCAAUACAAGAAGCCAGUUGAAAAUAUUCGAAGAAAUGCAGAAAAACGAGCGGACGGCUUUGAGGGAGCUCUUGAAGGAUUUUAAGAGUUUGAUAAAGCAGAGGGACUGUCUCGUAUUGAUGCAAGAGGAGAGCAAAAAGAAGUACAAAGAACUGGAGAAACACUACCACGAAUUACGAAAGCAACACGAUGAGACUCUAGACGAAGUUAACAAGAAAGAAGAGGAAGUGAGAAGAAUGGUAGACAGAAUCCAGUUCCAGGAAGAACAGUCGCAACAACAAGAAGAAAACCACAGCAACCAUGUAGCAAAAUGUGAAAAAACGAUUAAAAAACUCGGGAAGCUAUUAGGACAGAUGCGCAACGAAAAAGGAGAAGCGGAAAGUAGCGUCAUGUAUUUGAAAAACAAUUUGCAAAAAUUGCAAAGCGAGUUGGACGACGCACGGAAACAACUGUCGGUUACCGAAAAUAAAAUGAUAUCAAAAUCAACGGAAGCAGCUACUCUCAACUCGGAAUUAACUGCAUCCAACAACGAAUUACAGAUGUUAAGGCAAGAACACGGAAAACUGACGCUGGAGUUGGAAUACGUGAACAAAAUGAAAGAACAGCAACUAACUGAAUAUAAAGAAGCCAUUUCUGGUUUCACCACCAAAGAAUCUAUAUACAUAGAAUCACAAAGUACAAUACGAAACAAAGAACGCGAAAUCAACGAACUGAGCAGAGGGAUUGUAGAAAAAGAAGGCGAAAUCAAACGACUGGAGCAAGAAUGCGGCCAUUUACAAAAACAAAUCGACGACCAAACGAAGAUUUUGAUCGGUUACGAGAACCAUUUAGUUGCACUAGAAGACGUGCAAAACUCCAAGUUGAAAACCGAAAGAGAAUUAACCAACGCAAGAAUGGACUUCACCAGUGUAACCCAGGAAUUGGCGGACGCGCUUAAAGAAAACGAAACCCUAAGAAACGAACUAAAAAAUUUAAUCAAGCGAGGCGAACAAGAACGAACGUUUUUCAAAAGGCAAACAAACGAAAUCAUCUUUGGAUACAGCGAACAGAAAGCCAAUAUAGAAGAAGAAAUCGACAGCAUUUCGGGUCAGCUGAGAUCAGUGACCGAAAAUCUGCGCUCUGAAAAAGUUCGCUUUGACGAAUUGGCCACCGCGUACGACGAUCUUAAAUUAAAACACGUCCAAUUGAAAGAAAAAUUUAGCUUAGAAGGGGCGGCGCAUCAAGAAGUUGUCAGAAAGUUGGAAGAAGUGCAGAGUUAUGUCAAUGUUGUGACGACAGAAAGGGAUAAUCUUCAGCAACAAGUUCACGUACUACUACUUGAAAUUAAUAACGAGAAGGACGUUGUCCAUCGCUUGACCAACGACAAUAGGACGAUUGAACUUAUACUGGAGCAAGGGAAGCAGCAGUACGCUUGUCUUUUGGACAAAAACGCCGCUUUGGGGGAGGAGCUAAGUCAAAUGAAACAGGAAAUGCAGGCGAUAUGCAACACGAAAGACUCUUCAAAAGGGGAAGCAUUCAAAGCUGCAGCACAACUAGAACUGAAAAAAGAGGAACUGAAAUCAGCAAAGGAAACAAUUGACUGCUUGAAAAACGAACUCGGUGACAGUCAGAGAACGCUGUUUGAACUGAAGGAAGAAUACUUCAAGCUGCAGCAACAAGUGACGUCACUGGAAUUUAAAAACUGCGAAUUAACCCUCCAACUUCACGAAACCCAAGGGAAACUGGAAACAGAAAGAAACCUGUUUAGAGAACUGAAAGAAGCUAAACCGGGUAACGACAAAAUGAGUACGGUGGUGCCAUCUGGCGAUGCAGAUCUCUACUUCCCGUAGAAACCUACAUUGACAACUAUCAACAACAAACUAACCUCACUUAUUUCCUUUGCCAACAAUCUACAAAAUAUUAAAUUCUUUGUGAAAUAUGGACAUUAUUUCGGGAUAUCAGCUUCAGCAAUACGAGGAAAUUUUGGGCGAAAUUAAUAGCGAAUUUGAGAAAUCUGAGCAGCUGAAAAGGGAAAUUCAGAGAGCUGAAGAUGCAGUCACUUUUUUGAAACUCAGUUUAGCGUCUUCUCGGUGUAAAAUAAGUCACGUGAAUGUGAAAGUCUUUGGGAGUGUCACAGAAAUUGAGAAUUUAUAUGAUGAGCUGAGCUAUCGUCUAGAUUUUAAUGGGUGUAAAAGUAGUAAUUUCUUUUUGAUUGAAGUGGUUUUAACUAAGACUCUUUUGGCAAAGUUGAUUGGUACAAAGUGGAAACUUCAAAUUGUGGUCAGGGGCGAGAAUUUUUGUAUAAGUAAAAUUGCGUCUAUUGGUGAUGAUAAUUCUGUGAUGGAAAUUAUUCCUGUUGAUAAUUGUAUGUACGAAUGUGUAGUAGAUGUACAUUUAUUUUACAGUUGUGAAGAUGACUGGAUUAUGUUGGAUCUUUCUACUAUCAACGUCGACAUUUCUUAUUAUUUUGAAUCAUACAACGAGAAAAAAUUAAAUACUGUUGUAGAUACUUUUUUAAAAAUUACCAAAUUAUACAAUGGUAACAAAAACUUAACUUGUCUUAGAACACUCCCUCAUGUACAAAACCAAUUCAAAUGUAAUUUUGAUAAACACGGAUUUGUGCCCACUUUUAUUAGAAAUUCGUAUCAUAGGUUAAGUUUAGAGUCAUUUUCAGAGGUUGCUAACGACAGUAAACGUGUUAUAGAGCUUCAAUUUUCAGUAAAUAGUGAGAAAAUUGUUGUUUUUUAUCACAAAGAUACCAAUAUUUUAAAACUGAAAUGUGCCCCUUUUAUGAACGAAAUGUUGAAGAAAUUUUUUGAACAGAAUUUCAAUAGCGAUCUUCAAGAUUUUACAGCUAAGUUGAAAAAAAUCAGAAGUAAGAAAAACGAGUUGCAAAGAAUGGAUUUGGACGAGAUUUUGUCGUUUUACCAACAAAUAAGGCGACUGUGGUUAUAACAAAAAAAUAUUGCGUGAUUUAGUAUACGAGAUUCAAUUACUUAUAGUAACAAUGCUAAAUAAACUUUUUAAAAUGAU